AUGAGGCGAAAGAAACUUACAGAAGGACCGCUAAACCACGAACUAACCUGCGAGCUCAAUUUGCAGUUCAGCUCUCUCACCUUCGCUGUCCUCCUCUGCGCAGCUUCAGGCGCUCUGGCCCAGAACCAGCCAAGGGACAAGUACAAGUGCUAUGUGCCUUUCGAUACCUGCGACAAGCCCAUCCCCGCAGAGCUGAAGGCAUCGAUGGCCAAGGAAUUCGGUACCCGCAGCCAAUGCAGAACUACAGAAGUCGUCUACUACGGCGCCCCCGACGCUGCGAUUGAGGGCGUCUACUGCGAGCCCGGCCCGGUUCGUGCCAUGGGCGGAAUGUUCAGCUACAGCGUUGGUCGCGUUUCUACCGCGUGCCACGCCAAGUGCGAGAUCUGGGGCUAG